AUGAGGCCGUUCGCUGUUGUUUCUGCGCUCUGCGGGCUCAUCCUGUCCAGCAGCUCUAUAGUUUCCGCCCAGUCAACGGCUGCAUCUCUUCCCGCCCAUUUCAAGCCCCCUCAGGUCUUCAAGAAUGUGAAUCUGGUGCGGAAUACGAAUUUGGAAAAGGGUUACGCUCGCGAGACCAUCAACGUGGUUGUCGAAAAUGUGGACAAGGAUCCUCAGAGCGAGUACUACCUGUCCUUCCCAUCGGAGCUCUUCGAUCGCGUCGGAGGACUGGAAGUACGUAACAAAAAGGAAGCGGAGAAGGGCAGACUUGAUGUGGAAGCCGUGGAGAUUGAUUCCUCGAGUGACGUCCGUUAUUUUAUUGCCCACCUUCCCGAACCUCUCGCUCCAUCAUCGCAGAUCACUCUUGGAAUUUCAUACUCACUUCUCAACUCCCUCCACCCACGCCCGGCCGCCAUUGAACAGUCUGAUCGCCAGUUCCUGACCUACUCAUUCUCCGCAUACGUGCCCUCCGCCUACCAAACCGUGACACAGAAGACCAAAGUGAAGUUCCCCAGCACCAAUGUUCCAAACUAUACGGCCACGAACCUCAAGACUGGUGAGGAUCCCGAACGCCAGGGCUCAACCUACACCUAUGGACCCUACGACACAACCAAGGUCUCACCAGGCACUACCCACCCCAUCACCGUCCGCUACGAGUUCACCAAGCCCCUGAUAACCGCCUCGCUGCUUGAACGCGACCUGGAAGUUUCCCACUGGGGUGGAAAUCUCGCGACGGAGGAGCGCUACUGGCUUCGAAACAACGGCUCUACGCUCUUAAACCACUUCUCCCGCGUGGAUUGGACCGUCGCCAACUACCAGCAGUCGCCCUCGUCAGCCAUCCGGGAACUCAAGUACCCACUGAAGCCAGGCUCUGUAGACCCCUACUUCAUCGACGACAUUGGUAACGUCUCUACGAGCCGCUACCGCCCUAGCAAAGGCAACCGAGAGGCCAAUCUCGACUUCAAGCCCCGGUACCCUAUCUUUGGCGGUUGGAACUAUAGCUUCCGCCUCGGCUGGAACAACGACCUCGCAUCCUUCUUGCGCCGGGCUGUACACGGUGCCGACUCUUACGUGCUCAAGGUCCCCUUCCUUGAAGGACCUAAGAUGGCCGAAGGUCUGCAGUAUGAAAAAGUCGUCGUCCGCGUGAUUCUCCCAGAAGGCGCCCGGAAUGUGCAAUAUGAGAUCGUCGAAGGCCCUUCCAGCAACGGUCUCCCAAGCGCAGACCAGUUCAUCGCCGAGUUCUCUUCUCAUAAGACCUUCAUGGAUACAAUCGGCCGCACCACACUGACUCUCACCGUCGAGAGUCUCACCGACGAAGCCCGCGACUCGCAGCUCGUUGUUACCUACGACUACACCCUCUUCGACGCACUACGGAAACCAGUAACCAUUACCCUCGGCCUCUUCAGUGUCUUUGCGGCCAUCUGGUUCGUUGGAAACAUCGACGUUAGUAUUAAGAAGCGAUAG